GUCGAAAAAGUUAAAUUUAUUUAAUUGUGUAUCAAUGGAGGAUAUAAGGAACAUAAAUGAUCUUGGAUAUACAUUUGGGAAGUUAAUAGGUAAAGGAUGCUAUGGAAAAGUAUAUAGAGUAAAAUAUACGGAGCAAAUUACUGGAAAAACUGUCGAUUUAGCGUGUAAACAUAUAAUUCGUAGUCAAUGCCCAACCAACUUCCUUACAAAGUUCUUACCAAGAGAACUGGAUAUUUUGAAGAAAGUAUCGCAUCCAAAUAUCAUCAAAAUACACAGCAUGUUUCAAUCAAACUCAUCAAUUUUCAUCUUUAUGAGACAUGCAGAACAUGGCGAUUUACUGGAUUACAUCAAACGAAAUGGUGUAGUCAGUGAAUCUGUUGGAAAUUUAUGGUUCUAUCAGCUAGCAAAUGCAAUCAAUUAUUUGCAUUCGAUGAAUAUUGCACAUCGUGACUUAAAAUGUGAAAAUAUUUUAAUAUCAUGCAAUAUGAAUCUAAAGCUAGCUGAUUUUGGAUUUGCACGUUAUACGUUGAGCGUGGAAGAUUUCUUUUCAUCAAAGACUGAAUUUAAGCUUUUAUCUGAAACUUACUGUGGAUCAGCUGCUUAUGCACCGCCGGAAGUCGUUUCAGGAACUCCAUAUGACAUAAUGAAGGUAGACGUUUGGUCACUGGGAAUAAUCCUAUCAAUAAUUCUUAAUGGAAGGAUGCCAUUUGAUGACUCAAAUAUAUCAAAACUAAUUAAAGACCAAAAACAGCGAGCAUACACGACAAACAGCGAAGUGAUGAAAAAGCUUUCCAACGAUUGCAAAUUUGUGGUGCAUAUGUGUUUGGAACCAAAUCCUGCUUUACGAUUGAGUAGCAGCGAACUUCUUAAAACACCAUGGCUUUUAUAUCAGGUAGAAAGGCAGGGAAAUAAAUAAUUAUUAAAAUCUUUCAUCUUUCUGAUGAAAGAUUCCUUUUUAUAAAAGUCAUGUAUGUUAAGUUAAUAUAAUAAUCGGCUAUUGUACACGCUGUCAAAAUAUAUAAAACAGAGGAUUUCAACG